CUUGGCAUUUAUAUUGAGGGUCUAAAGAUAAAGUCAAAAACGCAAUAUUUUAACGAUUUUAUAAUUAAUUUUAAUAAAAGCAAACUACUAUUUCAAUAUCGUUUCCAAAACGAAAUUUAAAUUAUAAUUUCCAAAAUCCUCAGGAAUGGUUGACAUAAAAUUAUUAUUAGACGGAUUAUUUAAAUGUAGUCGAUAACUAACCGUCGCUCUGAUACCCGAUAACAAUGAAAUAUAUAUACUCGUUCAUUUUCCAUUGAAGAUCGCUGGAAGCUAAUAGAAUCAGACAUAAACAAAGUAAGUUGAUAAUACUAUUAUUGAUAAUACCGGCUCUGGACCAAAUUCCACUUUUAAUCUUCAUAGGAAAAUGUUGCAUUUAAAUCACCUAAGACUUGGAGCACGUAGACUCCCAAGUAGACUGAUGUCCACGAAGUUUACUUCUGUCGAGAUCAACGAUAAGACGGGAGUGGCUAUACUUACCCUGUGCCGGCCACCAGUUAAUAGCCAAAAUGCGCAAAUGUUGCGGGACAUAAAAUCAUCCAUCGACGAAAUCGAGAACAACAAAAGCAAGGGUCUCAUCAUAACAUCCGCGAGUUCCAAAGUGUUUUCAGCUGGCCUGGAUAUCUCGGAAAUGUACAAAGCGGACAAGGAGAAACUGUCCACCCUUUGGACUGAGCUGCAAAACGUCUGGGUCGCCUUAUACGGCAGUAGUUUACCCACAGCAGCUGCCAUAAAUGGCCAUGCUCCUGCUGGAGGCUGCCUUCUGGGUGUUGCCUGUGAGUACCGUGCUAUGCUGCCAAAGUGCGUAAUCGGACUCAACGAAACCCAACUUGGAAUUAUUGCUCCCGAAUGGCUGGUGUUUGGCUACCUGAACAUCCUGCCUCCACGUGUAGCAGAGCGGGCGCUCACCCAGGGUCGUCUUUUUACCACGGAGGAGGCCUUGAAGGAAGGUUUGAUCGAUGAAAUUGUCAACUCCAAAGAUGAAGCUUUGGAAAAGUGUCAGAAUUUCAUUGAAUCAUUCGACAAGGUUAACUCAGUCGCCCGCAGCUUGACCAAAAUGCAGUUCCGUGCCGCCAAUAUUAAAGAAUUUGAAAAGAAUCGACAGAAAGAUGUGGACGACUUUGUAUCUUUGGCUUCCCGACCCGAAGUUCAAAAGAUUAUGGGUGAUUAUUUGGAUAAAAAUAAAAGCAAAAAGUAAUUAAUAA